AAUAAUAAUAAUAAUAAUAAUAAUAAUAAUAAUAAUAAUAAUAAUAAUAAUAAUAAUAAUAAUAAUAAUAAUAAUAAUAAUAAUAAUAAUAAUAAUAAUAAUAAUAAUAAUAAUAAUAAUAAUAAUAAUAAUAAUAAUAAUAAUAAUAAUAAUAAUAAUAAUAAUAAUAAUAAUAAUAAUAAUAAUAAUAAUAAUAAUAAUAAUAAUAAUAAUAAUAAUAAUAAUAAUAAUAAUAAUAAUAAUAAUAAUAAUAAUAAUAAUAAUAAUAAUAAUAAUAAUAAUAAUAAUAAUAAUAAUAAUAAUAAUAAUAAUAAUAAU